AUGGCCCUGACCCGCAGGCCCUAUCUACCCGCCUCCGUAUUCCCCCCUAUUCCCCCGGGUCCCCUCCGCGCGCCAACUGGUCUGGCGGUGGGCCACCCCAGGUCCAUUCGACCAGGCACCAGACCACCCCCGGACCUUUUGCCCCAGGCACCGGACCGCCCCGUGCCUUUUCGGUCCGGCGCCCACCCACCCCCGGACCUUUUGCCCCAGGCACCGGACCGCCCCCGUGCCUUUUCGGUCCGGCGCCCACCCACCCCGGACCUUUUGCCCAGGCACCGGACCGCCCCGUGCCUUUUGCCCCGGGCACCACACCCCCGGACCGUUUUGCCUCGC